AUGGUAAUGAAACUUGUACCUUUCAACGAAGCAAUGCUAAUCACGCUCCAACCCCUACAACAGGAAACCUGUAUCACACUGAAGGACCACGACAAUCACUCGGUCGGCAUAAUAUCGAUGAAGGUCAAUGGCAUCCAGUUUCAGUGUCGGAAGAACAUCGAGUUUUUCACUCGAGAUCACCACCUGACCGUUCACCGAUGCUACUCUGCAGGAAGCUGCAAAGAAGAUGCAUGCGAAAACACGUCAGCAACCGAUAAAAUCAAGGAAUUUUCGUUCACAGCAAACAACAGUCCUGGGUACACGUUCUGUUCACAAAGUUGCGGAUGUCUAACAUGUGAUGGCUGCUUCUUCUGCCAACCGAGCUGCCUUUUUUACAGGAUUUUCGCUGUACCAACCACUACAACAGUGUACACUAUCUUCACAUGCCCUACUUGGGAAGUCGUUGUCAACAUGGAAGUAACGGUUCGUCAAGAAGACUCCACUACAUCAAACACAAUCCAGCUUCAUCCGGGACGAACCGCCAUAUGGAACAAUCUCAGAUUCAGUCUCAUAGGGACAAUUGUUCACAACUACCAAUAUUAUCUUCGACAUUCGCAGAAACGGACUAUUCCACCUCAAUUGUUAAGCCUUUUCAUCGAGGACAGCUCACACCUCACAGCGCCGGACAAUUGCAAUGCUCUACAACAGCACGCAGAUCUGUUCAACUGUUCGUUCUCCCAUAAUGCGUGCAAAUGCACUCAUGGUCUGCACAAGGCGUCAUGUGUCUGCAGUCCCGGUAGCGUCGCAGAUCUCAUGCAACAAUCGCCACUACCACAGGCUUCCAAGAACUACAUCAUCUUCUCCGAGAACAAAAAUAUAUUCGCCAAAAUCAAUGUUGGAUCGGCUCUACAAAUACACUUCGUAGCCGAAAACAUGAAGGUAACAAGUCGUCAAUCGAACAGCACCUGCACCAUCGAAGCGAGCGAUCUCAUUGGAUGCUAUAGUUGUAUCGCAGGCGCUGAGCUGGCUCUCUACUGCCAAUCCAGUGAAGGGGAAGUCAUAGCAAGUAUCGAAUGCCUCUCUCAGACGCAGAUAGCACGCUGUACUCCAGCAGGAUACAUCAGCACUCUCAUCAAUUCCACUUCGACACUUCCACAAUCUCUACUGAAUGCAAAGCUUCUUGCCCAGGAGAAAUCACGCCCUUUACAAUGA